ACGGACCGCUGCAUUCUUUCCUCCCAGACCCCACUCUGUGCGCGUGCGCUGCGUCUGAAGGGGUUUCAGGGUUUUUGAAGAACACUCCUGCCUCCUGGGCUGCAUUUGUUUACAGUCCACACCAGUGUCACUGGGCGGAGCUUAAAAGCCGCUUUACUGCGUGACCGAAUCGCGAAGCAGUCACACGCUCGCGCGCACUCGGAGUCGCAGUGAGGAAGUGCUUUGAGAGCGCGAGCGCCGGAGCGCCGCAAACAAAAGACACGCAAACAAGCGACAACAGCGCGAGCGGAGCGGAGCAACUGUUUCCUCAGUCUUCCAGAAACAGGACAAGUCGAAACAGUUCCAUUUCCGAGCUGUAGUCAGGAGGCAUCUACAUGCAACUUCUGCUCUUCUCGCUCCUGGAUCUGCUGUAAGCGGUGGAGUUGUGCUGCAUGCUCUUUGCUCGUCUUCGUCGCUUUUUCUUCUCUCCCGUAUGUCCUAAGCAGCUUCCCCAGGAACAUGUCCAGACGGCAAUAUCCGGCCUGCUUAAAGGAGCAGGGGCCCUGCGGAGAGAGCGGCUCCCGGGCCAAGGCGGGGGGCGGCGGCCCUUCAGACCCGAGCGAAAGAUUUAGGGCAGGAAGCCUUGCGGGUUUCCAGUCCCGGUCGCCUGUGUUCCGACUCUGGUCCAGGUCGUCGAGUGGAUAUUUUUCCUUCGACAGCGAGCCGAGUUCACCGAUAAUCACCCAUAAUACCGCAACUCAAACCCCGAGUCCAUCUAGUCAAGCGAUCACUCAUUUCCUGCAGCGCAUUUCCCACGCGCACAAUCAUGAAUUAUGGCCUGCUCUCUAUAACCACUAUCCACCCCACGGAGCAGCACCUGCGGGGGACAUGCACGUGGAGUUUGACGUUGAGCGACACUGGCGAGAGGUUGCGCAGGUGUUGCGCCGCAUCGGUGAUGAAUUUAAUCAGCUUUAUUUUCAUGAGGCGGCGAGAAACGGCGGCGCGGCCCCUCAGCAGGCCCACAACCAGCCGGCCAUCAUGCUGAGAAUAGGGCUCCUGAUUAGACGCCUGUUACACUUCCUCCUGAGACGAAGAUGAUGGACAUGGAGAAUACCCAGCAGACAUGUAGCAUUGAACUGUAGAUAUGUAAAUACACACCAGAAACUUUGCUCUCUUUCUCUGAGCAUCUGUUCCUCUUUCACCUGCACGCUGACUUUUGUCCAAAAGGAGAAGAUAUCAGGUGGGGAAUUCUGGGACCUGAACCUGGAGUCAUAGACAGCUAUGUUUCCUGCAUGAACAUGGAAAGCUGAGCCAUUAAAGCCCCGGGUUGAGAAGGUGGCGAGGAUCGAGAGAACGACGCCUCACUCUGUUUGGAUUUUUUCCGCUUUCCCACCAAAUGAAGACGUGUUGAAAAAAAACGUGCCUUCAUGGACUCAGUGCUUUACUUUUUCUCUUUUCAGUGCAUCAGCCGUCACUGUGUCCGUCGUUGUAAUAUCUUUGUUCACAUUUUAAAAACUUGCAUUCGUUCUGUAUUUAUUUGCGAUUGUAUUUUGUAUUUAAGUCUUAUUUCUUUCUGUUUUGUUUAUAACUGAGUGGAUUAGUUAGCGGUAAUGUUGCAGUUCUGCCUUUCAUUAUCAUAUCAUGUUCUGCACUUGUGUUCGAAUAUUCCACCAUGAUGGCCUUACAAACCACUGAUCUUGUAUCAGCCUGAAGAUCUCAGAGGAACAAGCUGCAGGAAGA